UUCACAAGUCCCGUUAUAUAGUAUCCGAUUUCCUAUAUUCGCUGCUUCCGAGUUCCGCCUGCCUCGAUCCCUCCUUUGUGUCGUUCUGUUCCGAUUUCCGAUUUCAGCAACAAGAAUCGUUCUGGCCGUGAACUCCGAUUUCAGCGUUCCCACCUAGCGAGUGGCGAUCGUUCAUUGAAAUCACGAGUUCCGAUCUCAGCAACACGAAUCGUUCAUUGAAAUCACGAGUUCCGAUCUUCUGUUUCGUUCAUUGUUCACCAAUCACGAGUCUCGUAUGCUAUUCGCUGCCUCCGCCAUUAAACGAGUUCAACAUCUCAGCCUCUCAGGAGACUCCACUCAUGUCAUGCGUACCUUUUCAUUAUUGCAAAUUAAGUGAUGAGGAUGUGACAUGAUUUCAUCUAUUUGAUAUUCCAAUUGUUACUAAACUACUCAAAUCACCAAUUCAACCAAACCCUGAAUAUCCAUGAAGAUUGCAAUAGAAGGCUGCAUGCAUGGGGAUUUGGAUAAUGUAUAUUCCACAAAUCAUUACUAAACUACUCAAAUCACCAAUUCAACCAAAUCCUGAAUAUCAAUGAAGAUUGCAAUAGAAGGCUGCAUGCAUGGGGAUUUGGAUAAUGUAUAUGCAACUCUCUUGCAUUUACAAGAAGUCGAAAGGACAAAAAUUGAUCUUUUAAUAUGCUGUGGUGAUUUCCAGGCUGUUAGGAAUGAGAAGGAUUUAGAAAGCUUAAGUGUUCCACCUAAAUACAGAAGCAUGAACUCUUUCUGGAAAUACUACUCAGGAGAAAAAGUAGCCCCAUUUCCAACUAUUUUCAUUGGAGGAAAUCAUGAAGCUUCCAAUUACCUCUGGGAAUUAUACUAUGGAGGAUGGGCAGCACCUGAUAUAUACUUCUUGGGAUUUGCAGGAGUUGUCAAAUUUGGGGGUAUUCGCAUUGGGGGCAUUUCUGGAAUUUACAAGUCCCGAGAUUAUCGCUCAGGACAUUUUGAAAGGGCUCCAUAUAACAACAGUGAUAUAAAGUCAAUAUACCAUGUGAGAGAAUAUGAUGUUCACAAACUCAUGCAAAUUGAAGAACCUGUUGACAUUUUUGUGUCACAUGAUUGGCCACUUGGCAUCACUGAUCAUGGAAACUGGAAAGAUCUUGUUCGUGAUAAACCUUAUUUUCAAAAGGAGAUUGAGGAGAGAAGUUUGGGAAGUAAAGCUGCUGCAGAAUUGCUAGAGAAACUAAAACCUCCAUACUGGUUUUCUGCUCAUUUACAUUGCAAAUUUGCUGCUUUAGUUCAACAUCAAGAUGGAGGUCAACUCACAAAGUUUCUUGCUCUUGAUAAAUGUAUCCCAAGGCGUAAAUUUUUACAGAUUAUUGAAGUUGAAUCGGGUCCCGGGCCAUAUGAGAUUGAAUAUGAUGAAGAGUGGCUAGCUAUCACCCGUAGAUUCAAUUCCAUUUUCCCCCUCACUAAAAUGCCAAUGAAUUUUGGGGGUGUAGAGUUUGAGAUGGAAGAAUGUCGUAACUGGAUAAAGAGUAGGCUGAAAUCCAGAGGGAGUAGUAAACCUUUUGAGUUUGUUCGCACUGUUCCUUGUUAUAAUUCUUCUCAAACUCUCGCUAAUCAUUCCUUUUCAGGGCAUAUUCAUAAUCCUCAAACGGAAUCUCUAUUAGAGUUUUUAGAAGUUGAGUAUCUUCUUGAUAAGAGUGGGCCCACCCACAGUCAAAGUCCAGCGUCAGGUUCAGUUGAUUAUGAUAGUGAAGAUGGACCCAUUGAAGAAGACGCAGAUGAAAUACAACUCCCUGAGGAAGAGGAGGAAGAAGAAGACGACGUUAAAAUGUAAGAUUAUUAAUUUUAAUUUUAGAUUAUUUGUUAAUUGUAGUGGAGAUGAGAUGGGUGGUUGCAUACACUUCACGUUAACUAAAUGAAGAAGAUGUGUUCUUAGCUUGUAAGCAUCAUUCAAAGCCUCAAAGGAAAGGACUAAAACCAAUUUGGUUUUACUUUUGGAGAUGCGUGUGAUGUGGUAAUAUUUUGUUUUUCAAAAUUGAAAAGGGUUGGUUGCUUUUUUGACCAAAAACUCAAGGUAGAUUUUUCAUGCUUUAUUUGUUAUGUUGGUAACGUGAUUGUUAUGUUAACUUUGUUAUGUUGAUAUGAUAUGGUAUAAUAGGAUCAUUUAUUUUGAAUUGUAAAAGUAUAGUUUGUUGGACUUUGACUUGAA